UUCUCCGGUCUUCACGAAAUUUUAAGGUAUUGUGCCUAGAUGACUUUAGAUAGUAUUCAUAAAAUUCUAUCCAAUUCUUCCCAUUACUCAAAUAUUAAAGGAUUUUCUUAAAUAUGUCCAUAUUUCAGAAACUACUUGUUUGCUUUAAGUUGUAUUCAUUUGAUUGAAUUUUAUCUACUACUUUCUGCUUUGACACGUUUAUUGUUUGAAAAGUCGUACUUUGAAACGUAAGAAAAUUUUAGACAUUGGACUUUUAAACCAUCAUGUAUCUGUAAUUGGAAAAAAGUUCGUUUAUUCGUAAAUCAUUUAUUUUAAUGGAUUAAUCUAUUAAGAAACAAUUGUUUCUGUUAUGCACAAUGAUGAUAUGAUUAAUUUCCUUCAAGAGAUUUAUUUACACUUCUACAUGAUUAGUACAAAUAAAUAAUCUUACUUUUUAGACUUUUUUGGUGGCCACUCCUUUUGCUCGUUUCUCUUUGGAUCUGGCGCCUUACGACUUGGCGAAAAGCUGUUGUCUUCCAAAUGUUAUCAAACAGCCACUUAGACAAUUAAUAGAUUAAUGUUAAGUUCAACUUAUUUUACCAUUAAUUUAUGGUUGUCACGUAAUAAUUUAGACGUAUCCAUUGUAGUACUUUAAUAGUACAAUUCUUUGGUAUAUCUCACAGUUAUGGCUUCUUAUAGAGCGAGGAUAAAGGAAUUUGAAGAUGUUAUUAAUGAAGAAGAGAUUGAUUUGUACAAAUUGAAAAGCAUUUGUUUUAAUGGCAUACCUGAGGAACAGGUCAACAGGGCACUCUGCUGGCGGUUAAUGCUUAAUUAUCUUCCGCAUGACAGAAGAUGCUGGAAUGACGUCCUGGUGAUGAAAAGAAAGUUAUAUGCCCAAUUUGUGGAUGAAAUGAUUGUCAAUCCUGGAGCAUCAUGCAAUGAAUCAGGGAAAAUAGUUGAUGUGACAAUGUCGGAUCAUCCUUUGAGUUGUAGCCCUGAUAGUCUUUGGGAUGCAUUCUUCAAGGAUAAUGAAGUGCUUUUGCAGAUUGACAAAGAUGUUAGGCGGCUUUGUCCAGACAUAUCAUUCUUCCAGCAGGCAACUGAGUUCCCAUGUUCUGCAGUCGUCAACUCUGGUGGAGAGAAGAGGCUCCACGGCCGCGUUCAACACUCCGUCUUAAAUUCUGCCAAUGUUGAGAGAAAAGGUUUAGGAAUUACCCGAAUUGCAUUAUCGCGAAGGAAGGCACCAGAGGACUAUGCUCCUCUUCCAGAGGGUUCAGAAGCUCAUUGGGAAGUGGUACAGAGGAUACUGUUCCUUUAUGCGAAGUUGAAUCCUGGCCAGGGCUACGUCCAAGGGAUGAACGAAAUUGUUGGACCCAUCUACCAUGUCUUCGCAAGUGACCCUCAUCAAGAAUGGCGGGAACAUGCUGAAGCUGAUUGCUUCUUCGCUUUCACCAAUUUAAUGGCAGAGAUUAGAGACUUUUUUAUCAAAACUUUAGAUGAGACUGAAUCAGGUAUCAAUAAGUUAAUGGAGCGACUCUGCAGUGAACUUAAAAGAAAUGAUCACGAAGUCUAUAUGAGAUUACAAGAACAAGAACUGAGGCCUCAGUAUUAUAGUUUUAGAUGGUUAACACUACUACUUUCUCAAGAAUUUCCUCUUCCAGAUGUUCUUAGGAUAUGGGAUUCUCUUCUUGCGGAUACAUUUAGGUUCUCAUUUCUUAUUUUUGUCUGUUGUGCCAUGAUAAUUUUACUCAGGGAUCAAAUUCUUAUAAAUGACUUUCCCUGUAAUGUUAAACUACUUCAGAGCUUCCCAUCUAUGGAUAUUCAGAUCGUACUCAAUAAAGCGGUGGAAUUAGCUGAGUCAAGGAAGGGAUGCUUCAGGUAACUUUUGAGAACUUCUUGAUGGUAAAUUUGUCCUUUCUCAGUUUGGUUUAAGUGUAUUUCUUAUACUUAUUCUCAGUUAGUAUGUUUUAUUCAUUAGUGCAAUAUUGUGAAAAUACAUAAUUAUUAUGUAUGCUCUUUAAAAUAAUACUGUAACUUAACAACUAUAUUAAAGUUGUUAAGUUAACCUUAUUCUUAAGGUUAACUUUGAUUGAAUACCUAAUGCAUUUUGAGCAAUAUCAAUUUUUUAAACAUAAUCUAUACUUCAGAAUUUAUUGGAUCAAUGCCUAGGUAUUCUAUAACACUACAAAAUAAUUUUUGUUGUAUUUUUUGUAUUCUUAUCGUUAUGAUAUAGAGUUAUAUUUUAUAUAAAAAGAGUCACAAAAAGACCUAAAAAUGAAAUAAAAUAAUAAUGUUGUCACCCAUGUUGAAAUAAAUUAUUGUAGUUAUUAAUUGCAAUACUUUGUGGUUGUGGGUUUACUCAUAGUUGAACAAUCAAAUUAUUAUUUCUUUUUUAAUAUCGGUUCAGUUAAAAAAUUUAUUAUAAAUUAUUUCUGAUAACUAUGAACAUCACAAUAGUGCAUUACCAGAGACAGUAGAAUCCUCUUUAUUCAGGCUAAUAGGGGUUGAGACAUUUCUGGAAUGUAUAAAAGAAAAAAAAUUCAAUUUUAAUUUAACCUGUAUAUUAGGUAAAAUUAAAAAUAAUAUAAUAAAUGAUUUGUUGAUCAGAUGUAUAUUAAUAUAUGUUGUCUAAUUUAUUAUGUGAUGUAACCUCCAUUAUUCCUGGUAAUGAUGAGGAAAAGGUGUAUAGAAAAUCAAUAUUUUUUUACACAUUUACUAUGAUUGAUAAGGAUGUAAAAAGAUCAUAAUAUACAAUAAUAAUACAUUUAUAUUUAUUAGUAAAAAAUUAUUUGUACAUUUAUGGAAAACAUUAAUGUAAACUAUUUAUUUAUAAUUUGAAUACUUAUCUUUAACAACAGAUGUUCAGCAAAUAAUCACUGUCACCAAAACGGUUUAUAAUUUCCAUUUUUUUUUUAGAGCUAUUUAUUUUGCCUACGCUACACUUUUUGUUUUGCUGCAUUCUCAAUAGAAGUGAUUCAAACUAUUGUACAACACUGAAGUAAGAUAUUAAGACUUAAAUUAGAAUAAAAACUCUUGAAGUUCUUAAUUACUUCUCUGAAACGAUGAUAGAUUUAUUCCUUCAUCUUGUUGGUACAUUUAAAUAUUCCGAUACAUUGUUGGCAAUCAUAAAUAAAAAAACAAAUAGACAAAGAUAAAUAGUGGUCAAUCAAGUACCCAUUUAAUUGAGGUUUUUAUUUUAAAUUUAAAUACAAAUUUCUAUGGAUACACUUUUAUUUAAAUGUGCAAAUGAUCUUUUAAUUUUUAUAGUAGUCAUAAAAUUAUUUAUUUUGUUUUAUCGAACAUAUUAUUUUCAUUAAUUAUAAGAAAAUUUAAGUCUUAUUCAAUUUAAAUUAUAUAUGAUAUUGAAAAACUGAAAUACAUAAUCAAUUUUUUAUGUAUCCGUAUGGUACCUAAAUGGCUGUUGUUGGUACUACACACUAUUGUAAGAUAUUUACUAUUAGUUUAUCCUGUAAUUCUUCAUAAAUUUGUACCCCUCCAGUUUACUAUGAAAUUUGUCAAAUCUGUUAGACUUUUUUUUUUUCAUUUUUAUUGUCCGUUAAUUCAUGAACUGGUUAGGUGGGGUUCUACUGUCUUUGAAUUUCUGUAAGCGAUUUUCUCAUAUUAAUUUUAAGUUUAAAUAAUAUUCUAAAAUCAAAUUUAUUCUUUUUUAUUAGUUUUUGAGUGUGUAUUGUUAGUUUAUUGACAAUAAUAUUAUCAUUACCAAUGAUAAUCACAUAUUUACUCAUCGGGAAUCAUCACCUUACUUUAAAAUUAAUACAUUUUUAUUUUUAUAUAUGUAUAUUACUGCAUUUUUAUAUCAAUGUAAUUGUUUUUUUGAUGUUAUGCACAUCAGUGUAUAGUCCAGAUUAUGUGUACUGAAAUGGAUCAGAAAGUACAGCCAAAUAGAUUAUAGUGUUUGUCUACUUGUGUUAUAAUUGUUACAUCAUUUGACAUAAAAUGAGACAAUCAUUGCCAUAAUAGUUAGCCAAUUUGUAUAAAUUAUCUUAUAAGAGACUGAUAAAGAGAAUUAUAUUUAUUAUUUAAAAAGAGACAUAGCUCUACAUAUGUAUUAAAUUUGUACAAAAUAUGUCAAAUUCAACAUCUGUGAUAUAUUUUUCGUCUGUUUAAUAAUAACUCUAUUUUGUGUAAAUGGUAUUGCAUGUCUGUCCGUUAGCACUUAUUAAAUUAAAAGUAUAAUCUCAUACAUGUUUCAAUUUGUGUAUAUCUCUAAAAAUAUUGUUGUGCUUAGAGACUUGAAUGUAGAGUUAAUGAAUGUUAACUAUAAUCUGGUUAAUGUAAUUUCAUUUGUUUAUUUUUUUUUUUUUAGAUUUAUAAUUUUAUUUUAUUUUUUAUAAAUGACAUUAAAUUCUAAUUGUUGUUUUGAAAAAAAAAAAACAAUGUGUACAUGACAUAUUGUAUAUUGGUGAUCCAUUAGCUUAUUGUUUGACAUUGUUAUCAUUUGAGUAAAGUUAAUUUUAUGAUUUAUGUUAUAUUUAAAAAUAUUUGUUAUUAUAUAUAAUUUGAUUAUCAGUUUACGUUUUAUACUGAUGAUAAAAUCAUCACUUAUAUUAUUAUAUAUAUAAAUGUUUAUGCUAACUGAACAUUUAUUCUUUAUUUUUGUGAUCUUUAGUUUAGAUGUGAUACAGAACUACUUAUAAUUAAGCAUCUAAUAGAAACAUAGAUAUUGGAAUUUGAAGCUGUUUAAAAAAACAAAAACAAUAGAACUUUAUUAUUAGUAAAACAAUGGUACUUCAUAAGAUCACCGGAAUACUGUCAAGAUCAACCUCAUAUCCUUGAAUGUUAGUUAAAAAACAAUUGAAUAUUUUUGAUGAAUACAACUUUUGAACUUUUUGAUAAAAAAAAAAAAAUAUAUAUAUUUUUUUUUGCAAAACCUUUUCUUCACAAGACAUAACUUGUCUCAGAUAAUUCAGUUUUUCUUGAGAUAAAAAUCACUGAUAAUUGUAUGGCACUACAAUAAAUUCAAGAAAUCAAACAUUGUUAUGCAAGUUGUUAUAGCUUUUAAAAAGAAAAAGGGAUAUUUAAAAAAAAAAAUGUUUAUACUCAUUAGGUUAUUUUUUAUAUUAGAAUAAUAUUUAAUUUACUUUAGUAAUUACAAUUAUUAAUUAAUUAUUAGUUACUUCCAUGUAUUGAAGAAAACAAUCAAUUCCCAGUCAUAAUUUAAUUUAGUUUAAACACUAAUUCAGAAAAUAAAUAAAAUUAUUAUAAAUAUUACUUUAACAAAUUAAACAUGAAUGGUUCAGUUAUUAAAGUUGUCAAAUGUACACUAUUAUUGAAGUUGUGAUAUUUUCAAUUACACACUUCAUAUUAUAUUGCAUGAAUUGUAAUUGCAAAAAUCAUUCAGUGUGAUCUCAGCAAUGAUAACUAGUUGCUGUAGAGGAAUGUUUGGAUUAAAAAGAUCAUUUGGGAAAAAUUUACAAUGAAAGAUUAAAACGCAAUAAAUAAAUGAGAAAUAUGUACCUGUAUACUUACUGAAAAAUAUUGUUUUUUUAUACGUAAGAAUUCAUAUUUUAAAGAAUUUUUUUUUGUAUGUUUUGACCUAAUGUUUCUUCUCUCAGAUGUUUUAGAAGAAUGAUUUAUGGACACAUGGCGUGGUUCGCUGUAGCCUAUCAAAUACAGUAAUAGAAACCAAACAAGGCAUCUUCAUGCUUUGUUGUCAUUCUAUUUUAUAAUAAAAGAUGAGGUAAUUUCAAGCAUAUUUAUGAUUUUAGAAAAUUACCUUAUUUAACUUCGUAGACAUUGAAUGUUCCGUUCUCACUCACUUAUCUUUUUCCCCAUUUUUUUUUUCUUUUGAGUGGAUUACUGGAAUGUUCGGACUACUGAGAUUGUACAGUUGUUUUAACAUGACACAUUUAGUAACAUAAUUGUUGAAAAAAUAUUGAAAGUAUUUUGUGUAACCAUUCACAAUAAUAAUGGAUAGAUGGAUUGAAUUAUUUUGGGAUCAACUGUCCAUUGAUUCAAUAACUGGUGUUUCUAGUACUUAAAAGGAGUGCCAUCAUUAUAAAUUGUUAGGAUCAACUUUAUUCCUCAAGAUAUUUCUUAAUAAAUUUAUAUGAAUAUAUUGUAUCAUGUAUGUAUUUCUGUGUAUGUGUAAUAAAGAGUUAUAUUUUAUUACAGUUAUGUAGUCUCCUUUAUUUAUUCCUUUUGAAACUUUUUUUUUUAUUCAAAAUAUGUUCACAUAGAUAUGAAUUAAGUUUUCUAUAGUAAUUCUUGUAAUAGUUCAGUUUA